UAUAAUAAAUUGUCAAGCAUUAAUUAUUAUGAUAAAGGAGGAUUUAGUGAAAUUCAUAAAGCUAUCUGGUCAGAUGGGCCUGUCUUUAGUUGGAAUUUUGAUAAACAGCAGUGGAAUAGACAAACAAAUCAUGAGGUUAUUCUUAAAAUGCUUAAUAAUUCAUCAAAUUUAAAUAGUAAUUUUCUGAAUGAGUGGAAGUAUCAUUAUGAAUGUCAGAAAAAAUCAUUUUCAAAAUUUGUUCAAUUCUUUGGAAUUACCAAAGAUCCAAAUAAUUCAGAUUAUAUUAUAGUAAUGAGUUAUGCAAAAAAAGGAAGUUUUAGAAAAUGUUUAUCUGAUAUAAUUAAAUUUAAGUGGCAAGACAAAUUACAAUUAUUGAAAAAAAUUAUAUUAGGACUUAAAGUAAUCCAUGAAUCAAAUUUAACUCAUGGUGAUUUUCAUGACGGUAAUAUUUUAAUGUCAGAAGAUUACAAUGAGAUAUUUAUAAUUGAUUUAGGAUUAUGCAAACCUAUAAAUAGUGAUUUACAAAAUUCUGACAAUAAAGUUAAUGAAGCUUGGGGAGUUGCACCUUUUAUGGCGCCUGAAAUAUUAAGAUACGAACCAUAUACACCAGCAAGUGAUAUUUAUAGUUUCUCAAUGAUAAUGUGGGAAUUUACAUCAGGUAUUCCUCCAUUUAAUGGUGAAGCAUAUGAUCAUGAACUUAU